AUGAUAUGUUACACAGUAACUGUGUCCACAGGGAAUGCGAGGUUUGACGGCACCAAUGCCUAUGUCUACGUCACACUGGUGGGCACCGAGGGAUGCAGCGAGAAGACCCUGCUGGACAAUCCUUUCUACGAUGACUUUGAAAGGGGGGCAGUAAGUUGUGUUAUACUUUUGAAGAGAGGAGUAUACUUUUCUGAGAGGAGUUUUACUUGACAGUAGAUGAUGUGCAAGGCUAGACUUGAAAUCUGGCAGGUAUUCAGGUAACAAGUUUUCUGCUGGUCAAAAUGCAGUGGAAAAUACAUGAACGGUGCUCAGAGGAUUUCUCAGCAUUAGACGCUCCAUCCAAACCCUUAGUGCAAGUUUGGACGUGCAAUCUGACAAAUUCUUGAAGGCUUCACAGUAAAAAUAGACAUUUACUGCCUAUUACAAAGAUCAUUUAGGUAUUAAUGGCUCAAUUCUCUGUUUGCUCACAUUGUUUACGAGUUGGGUAGGCGGGUGAAUCCUUUUUCAUAGUCAUUAGUAUGAGCUUGGCUGACUUGACUGACAGUCUGCUUGCAAGCUAUCGGCAAAUACACUACUCACUCUGCCUCUUUGCUUGUUGUAAGGUCAGCCUCAAGUCAGUUUUAGUAAGCAAUUCCAGUUUGAAAACUUUAAAAGUCCUCCCUAAGAUUCAACAAGUGAAACAACAUCUAUCUAUCUAUUGAGCUUUUGAUCUAUCAAUGGACUGAUGAUUCGUUGGUAGAUAUUCUAUGUGCCCGCAUUACAGGAGCUGUGAAAUUCAGGGUUUCAUAUGUAUAUAUUGAUAUUACUGAUUAAGCACAGCUACACUCCCAAUUCCUAGAAAUACAAAGUCUGUCUAAAUCAUACUGUGACUGAUCAGUUAUGUUUCCAGGUGGAUGUCUUUGAGUUAAAUGUUGGGAAGGACCUGGGAGAGAUUGUGUUGGUGAAGAUAGAGAAGAAGAAGUACUGGAUCAAGGAUGAAUGGUACUGCAGGUACAUUGCUGUCAAGACCCCCUCUGGAGACUGCAUCGAGUUUCCCUGUUACCGCUGGCCACAAGAUGACAAAGAGAUAGUACUGAGAGAUGGAAGAGGUAGAAAUCAGACAACUAAGAAACUAUCCAUCUUUUAUUUCCAUAUUUCAGGGUCUGCACAUGCUCUGUCUGCUCCAUCCCUCACUUCUUCUUGGGUUUUUUUGCAGCACGUCUACCUCAGGAUGAUAAGACCGGCUUGGUGAAGCAGCAAAGAAAAAUAGAGCUGAAAAUGAGGAGGGAAACUUACAGGCAAGAUCUUUAUGUGUGCAUGAUUAAAAGGUGCUGAGGAUGGUUUGUAACAACUCUACUCUGCUUUAUAGAUGGAAGGAGUGGCAGCCAGGUUUCCCAAGGAGCAUCGAUGCUGAUAAAUACAGUGAUUUACCACGAGACAUCCAGUUUGACAGUGACAAGAAUGUGGAUUUCACUCUGAACUUCGCCGAGGCGUAAGUGCUUUCUAACAGUAGUAGAGUUACAUGGGUGUGCACCAAGUGUAAGUGCUUUUUAGAAAAGGACAAGGGCUGUCAAAGGAAAGCUACCACAAACACUCAAUAACUAAUAAUAGCACAUCAAAGUUAAUUGAGUCUUAUUUUAUUGUUUCUCAAACUUAGUUUUCUGGCCAUAAACGUUGCUUUUCUCUGUUUUAUGAAAUAUCUUGAAAGAGAUGUUGUGAUGUUGGAGAGAAUAAAGAGAUUGAAAUGUAUGUGUUUGCAGAAUAGAAAACCUGUUUUUGAAUAAAUUGGUGGGCAUGUUCCAGUCCUCAUGGAGCAGCUUUGAGGACUUUAAGGAGGUCUUUAUCAGGAUCAAAAACCCAAACUCAGGUAAGCUCUUUUUAUUGAUGGAUGUGAGAAUGGAUGUUUGUUCUUGUGAGAAGGGAUUUACAAUGAGAGUUGGUAACUUUAUUGAACAAAUAUGUAUUAAAAGUAUGAACUCAGUUCAAGGGAAAAUACAUGCAUGCACAGAGAAUAAACUGCACAUGUUAAAAACCCUAGAGUAUGUGAUGAAACACUGGGAGGAAGACUUACUGUUUGGGUACCAGUUCCUGAAUGGUUGCAAUCCAAUAAUGAUCCAAAAGUGCACCAAACUUCCUGACAAGUUCCCCGUCACUCAUGGAAUGGUUUCUGCCAGUCUGGAGAGAGGGAUAACUCUGGAGCAGGAAAUUAAGGUAGCCAUGUCAUAAAGUUUGAUAGAAAAUUGUCUUAAAAUUUAACAGAAAAACUUUUACAGCCAACCAAUAAACACCACUGACAUGACUGAUUGUUCUGAGUUUAAACAAACUUUUGUUUGAUUUUCACACUAACUACCAGAAUUGAUUUGCUGUAUUCAGGCAGGUAACAUCUUCAUAGUAGACUAUGAGGUACUAGAUGGUGUUGCUGCCAACAACACAGAUCCAAACACUCCACAGUACAUGGCUGCACCCAUCUGUCUGCUGUACAACAACACUCAGAACAAGAUCCUGCCCAUCGCCAUACAGGUACUGUGACAACUCAGUGAGGGAAGGAAACAUGUUCAUCUGAUUUCCAAUACCACCAGACCAUCACACACCUGCUCAGGACUCACCUGAUGUCAGAGAUGUUUGCUAUCGCCAUGUUCAGACAGCUGCCUGCUGUUCACCCUGUGUACAAGGUAAAUCUGAUCCUUUUCAUAAUGCUAGUGUAAGGCUAUCUGUAAUGUCACAGAGGUGCCAUAGUGACCCCAAGUCAUCCAAGAGUUGUGUUUGCAUCAAAGGCAAUUGCAGGCUUCUUACACAAGCAACUCUAAAACAGGGUGGUACCAAAGCUUCAACUACCUCAGGCUUUUAUAUCUACAUUUUAAACUUUGCUAAGAUAUUAAGCAGACAGAUUAGACCCCAUUGCUUGAUUUCAAAUUGUACAUUAAACAUUGAGUUGAUAUAGAUGUGCAAAGGGCAAGGGAUGCAAUUACAAGAUACUCUACAUAAACUCAGAUAUGCACACACAUAGCACAGGAAACUACUCUGCUGGCUCUGAUGCUACUCAUUCUCCCCAUUGUGCUGCUGUUAUUAACUCUGCAACAACUUUGCCCCACUGUUGCUCCUACAAUGAAUAACAAACUUCAAAUAAGGCAAAACAGAAGCUUCAACAUCCUGCUGAUUUAAGUGCAUACAGAGGUGUUAAGGAGGUUAGGGGGAUAACUGUGAACUUUUGAUACAUCUUUGACUGACUAAUGUUUCCUCUCUCAGCUUCUUAUCCCACACGUUCAUUUCACCAUCGCUAUCAACAGCAAGGCCAGAGAGCAGCUCAUCUGUAAGGGUGGCCUCUUUGACAAGGUGAGAUAGCUAUCUAUCUAGCUAGCUAGCUAUAUAGAUAGAUAGAUAGAUAGAUAGAUAGAUAGAUAGAUAGAUAGAUGAAGAAAUGUUUCAUAUUUAUUUGUUCUAACUAAAUGGAAUUUUUUCUCAUGCAAAAUUAAAACUAAACAUUAAAGCAUGCAGCACAGAUAAGUGUCUGGAGUGUCCCGAUAAGUGAUGUCUCAUGUCUUCUAUAUGUAUUAAGGCAAACUCAUCAGGUGGAGGUGGUCAGGUCGUGCUGGUCCAGAAGACCAUGAAGUCUCUGACCUUCAGGUCUCUGUGCUUCCCUGAUAUGAUCAAGUCUCGUGGUGUAGACAAGAAGGACGAGCUGCCGACGUUCUUCUACAGAGAUGAUGGUUACAUGGUGUGGGAAGCCAUUAAGAGGUAAGACAAAUGAUAUAUAUAUAUAUAUAUAUAUAUAUAUAUAUAUGAAGAGAGAGAGAGCGAGAGAGAGAGAGAGAGAGAGAGAGAGAGAGAGAGAGAGAUUGACUGGCUGACAGACAGACAGUGUUUAUAUUUGAGUCUGUAUAAGGCCAUCAUGUUUCCUUUCCUGCAGCUAUGUGUCUGAUGUGGUGCACAUCUGAUGAGACUGUGCAGGAGGAUGAAGAAAUUCAGGCUUUUGUCAACGAUGUGAGCAGCAGUGGUAUGAAAGGCUUCGACCACUGUGGUAGGAACAUUUUGCAGACAUCCUUUUUUCAUUUUACUUUCUACUUUGAUUCAACAAACCUAUGUGCUAAACCUAUGUUUCUAUUCGUGGGGAGGAGCGGCUGGCUCUCCUUCAAAAUUUCAGUGGUGUAGAGCAGAAAUAGGUGCGACAGUGAAGAGACAGCAUUUUUAAUUCAUAUCUGCUCUGUCAGAGUUGAAUGGUUUGAGGUUGACAACAAGAAGCCACACGACUCACAGUGAUGGUGUCACUGUCUGAGCUCCACUGUUGUAAUCUCCUUCCUGCGUUUCUCCAUUACUUUUUCUAACGUAUAAGGAAGCUUAUAAAGAAAAAAAUGGUUUUGCAAAGACAAAAGCUGAUUUUUUUUUUAUUUCUUGUGCCAACAAUCUAUGGACAGAGUUUCCAAAGUCCCUGAAAACACGCGAGGAGCUGACAGAGUAUCUGACUGUCAUUGUGUUCACUGCUUCAGCUCAACAUGCAGCUGUUAACUUUGGACAGGUGAGUCAUGGAUGGACAAUAAAUAUAUCAGGGGUCUAGUAAGGAUAAAAAGUGCGAUCUUUGUCUGUUUGUAAUCAGUGAUCAGAAAAAUGUGUGGUAGUGUGAAGCAUUUAAUUGGAAAUUAGUUCCUGAAGUUCCUCAAUAAAUGUGCUACAACUCUGUGUUCAUUGUGUAGUUUGACUGGGAUUCCUGGAUCACCAACGCUCCAUCAACCAUGAGAAGACCCCCACCAAACCAGAAGGGUGUGGUUGAUAUGAACUUCAUAAUGGAGAGCCUCCCUGAUCGUGGACGUUGUAGCUGGCACAUCGGGGCCGUCUGGGCCCUCAGCCAAUACCAGAAGAAUGAGGUAGUGACAUGCAGUGUGCAAAAACUAGACACUAAAGUUUUCUUGGAGGACAUUUUGAGUCCAUUUGUCAACUUUAACAUUUAAUCCUUAACCUCAUUGUCUGAAUGGUUUCUCUCUCUGCAGUUGUACUUGGGCAUGUUUCCUGAGGAGCACUUCACAGAGGCGCCAGUGAAAAAGGCCAUGGAGAAGUUCAGGAAGCAGCUAGAAGAGAUCACCAGCUCCAUCAAGAAGAGGAACGAGGGGAAGAGGCUGCCGUACUACAACAUGUCUCCUGACAAAAUCCCAAACAGUGUCGCUGUCUAA